CACGCUAGGCUGGAUCUACUGCCUAAGGACGUACAAGGUAAAUCUAUUCGACAAGAUAUUCGGUACGGUAGCUCUACAGCUGCAACUGGCAUAACCAGCCCCUCCUCGCGCUGGUGUCGUGAAGUCACGCCGGUCACGCUGAUGCCAAUGGGGAAACUGCCUUGCCUACUGCUGGAUCGAAGUCGGAGUACCUGAAAUUUUCCAGUGCCAACCGUAUGCCAUCUAGGAAUAUACAGCCUGGGUAGCCUAUGCUUCGUUCAAGACCGACGUUUUGAAGAGUAUGUACCAGUCAUGGUUUAAAAUAUGAAGUGCUCUCAUAAAAUAGCUUUAGUGUAGCCUUUUGAAUCGAGGUGUUCGACAAUGACGUCGUAUCUGUUUGUGCUGGUGUUGUAUGGUGGGACACUGUUACAGGUGACAGAUGCUGUCAAUUGUAAGAGGCACUAUAAUGCUUUUGGAAAGAUGGAAGGGCCUAAUGUAUGUGACUUUGGACAGUCCUGCUGUGGCACCUUCCUUUCCUUCCCUGCUCCAGUUGGUGUCCAGUGACAUCAUUAAUUUCAGUGAAGAUGUCCAGGACGCCUGUCCCAAUAAUUAUUCAGUUAUGUGGGCUCCUGAGGUCAUCCCGAUGUUCCUGAUUGUUACUGUCGUUGUCGUCGGCGUCAUUUUCAUCGGUCUCAUUGUCUUCUGCUGUGUGUGCCCCUGCUGCUGCCUCUAUCAGAUGUGCCGGAAGCCCCGCCCGGUGGUGACUUCUAAUACUCAUACAACGGUGGUGGUCAACAACCCAGUCCCGCCCCAGGCACAGCGCCCUGCCCCUGUCCCUGCCCAGCAGUAUCCAGGGUACCAACCCGUGCCUAUGCAGCCCUGGUCUGGAGCUCCUGCUGGGUACGGGGGGCACCCUGUGCCAUCUGCACCCAUGCUGGAGCACCCCUACGGGCCUGGACCCCCACCCCCCUACCAGGAGAGUGCUGUCACAGGAGGUCCUGUAAACCACAACCAGAAAGCUUUCACACCAGGUCAACCAUCUUACUGCUAAAUGCUCACCUUUCUGUCAAGACACUGACAGAAACUAUUCAUCAAUACCUAGGGCUCUUAUUACAAAAAAGUUCCAAGAUGGUUACUCAGUUUUCAGUUACAGAAAGUACUUCAGUUACGGAAUGGAGUGUAUUUUCAAAGAUAAUGGUCAUAUUGGUCAUAUUGUUCAGAAUCACUUCAUGAUUCAGUAAUGGCUGUAUGGAAUUACAGAUAAACUGGACACUGUUUGAAGCAAUUAUGUAAUGUUUUGCUAUACUUUAGCAUUUAACAACCAGCAACGAGGAGGGAAGAGGAACACUUAUGAUGAGCACUAAUUUUAUUAAUGUGAAAAUGAUUGUGGGUUUGGCUAAUGUAUCUAGCUCUCUCCUGAAAUAAUUUUAAAAAAUUUCAUGUGGAAUGUAAUUUCUCAGUAAUGUGUUCAAAAAUGUGUGGGUUGAUCUGUGAAAAAUGUGUAUGUUUUUUAAUCGUUGUAUUGCUUUAUGGUGUUCUGGGCUGUGAAGAUUGUUGCUUAUUAUAUUAUUUGUUUGAAUACCCUUUAUAUUCUGUGACUCUUUAUCCUGUGUUGAAGAAUUUGGUUCCAAAGCAGUAUAUCCUCCAUUUUAAUGAAUUUUCAAAAAUCCUUGUUUUUAUUAUUAUUGUUUUUUGUUUUCCAGGUAAUAUAUGUGGAACUAUUGAGUUGUUUUUACUCAAUCAAAAUAACACAACAGCAAUUUUAUUGAUUGAUUACCUGAAAUAAACAAUUAAAUAACAUGACCUAUAUUAAUAUUCCUAAAAAUGGAGAUGUUGCAUUUGGAACCAAACUCUUAAUUUAAUCACCCUUUAAUUCUAUGCAUCUUUAAGUGCCAAAAGGAAUGUGCUUUUGAACCCAGACUCUUGCAGGGAUGUGGGUUACAUGACGUUUGUGACGUUUGCUGUGAGCACCCUGAGGAAUAAAAAUAUGUGUAUCCAGGUCUCUCUCGCUGUUGCCAAUAAAAUCUGUGAAGAAAAAUAGGCAGUCUUGUAGUUUUAAUUGUCGUGUGAACCCAUAUUAUUUGACCGUUUUGAUUGUGUUUAAAUGUAUAGUUUGUAUGUGAAAUCUGGUAACUACACACCCAUCGGCCACAUAUGUUUUGUUAAAUAGAGCAUUGAAUCUUAUUUCCAUGUUACUUCUUUUACAAUCAUUAACAUCUUUUUGUACAAUCUAUAGUCACAUUUUCAAAAUAUAUAAACAGUAAGAACAACAUUCAUCUGGCGUUGCUUAAAUUUUCUUCACAAAGAUUAACCAAUACCCAAAAGAUUGUGGGUCUUUAUUGUCAUAUACAGAAACGAAAUCCUAGUUUGAAAUCUUAUAUAUAAAUAUAAAGCCCCUACUUCUGCAACAACAGCAGUUCAAAAGCUAUGAUAGACCUUUUAAGCACAGCUGAAUGAGCUGAUCAUUGAAACAUUGAUAGGCCUAUAGCUAUACUCUAAGUUGUGUAAAAUUGGUAGACCAAGCACAACCCUUGACCAGCCACAACGUAUUCAUAUUUCAAUUCUAUACACAGUAAAAAAGAGGGUCUGUUUACUGCAUUUGUAUUUUGUUUACACAUAAGCCAUAUAUGUUUGAAAUUGUGUUGACCAGCAUUUCAUGUUGCCAAUAAAGCUUUUGUUGCAGCAA